AUGCGUCUGACAGUGGCCGUGGUGACGCUGCUGGCGGCGGCCGCCGCCUUUGACGUGGAGGACCUGCCUCCGAUCGACACCAUAGCGGACCAAAUCAACUCCGGCCAGGUGCCAGCCGAGCGUGUGGCGGAGAUGGCGCGCGACGGCCAGGUACCGAUCGAGUACAUGAUGGAUGUCAAGCACAGCCUGACGCCCGAGGCCAAGCGGCGCGAGGCCGGCGACGACGAAUACGAGUACUACGAGGAGGAGCCGGAGGAGCCGGAGCUGGAGCCGGAGUCGGAGCCAGAGCCGGAGCAACCUGAAGUGGAGCCGAGCCGGGGCGAGCCGGCCACCUAUCUGGAGCCGGAGGAGGCACCGGCCGAACCCCGGCUGCGGGCUGGCCAAGCGACGGCCGGAGAUGGCCGCCUUCGGGAGGACGGCACCGGCGGCGGCGGCGGCGGCAGUUCCGACGGUGGCGUCAUUCCUGUGCCCCGUCCGGGUGAUGUCAUCGAUGACGUCAGCGCGCUGAGGAUCCUCGGCUUCUACUCCAGACAGGAGUCGCAGGUGUGCACCGGACGCUUCCAGAAUCUGUACAACUUCUACACAGCCGACCGGACGCUGGGACCCACCAAGGUGGAUGCCGAGGUCGAAUACCUCAGGCUGUGGCGUGAAUUCGCCACAAACGCCACCAACCUGGACUUGUCUUCACUCGACCGAACUGACCUGGUGGAGCUGUUCAUGGUGCUCAAGCAUGGUGGAGUUUCGAUGCUGAGCGACCAAGAUCUGCGUGAACUGGUGACAGCCAUGACCAACUUGGAGACAACCUUCGCCGGAGCCAAGAUUUGCGACUACUUUGAGAAGAGCCGCUGUAAUCUGAAUCUGUACAAAGACGUGCGUGUGAAGCUGGCCUCUUCCACGAACCGCAACGAGCUCCUCCACUAUUGGGUCACGUGGCGCAACCAGCUGUCGCGCAACUCGCCCCGGCUCUACGGCACCUACGUCCGCCUGCUGGACGCGGCCGCCAAGCUGCACAAUUCCAAAUCGAACGCCUGGGACCUGGUCAUGUACCCGUAUGCGCACGGAAACAUGCGUGACCUGCUCAGCCAGCUGGAGCGCAUCUGGGAGAAGGAGAUCUCGCCCAUGUACUGGCAGUUGCACACGUACGCGCGGUACCGACUGCGCGAGCGGUAUGGUUCCGAUGCGGUACCAGAGCGCGGCGCGAUCCCGGCGCACCUGCUGGGCAGCCUGGAGGCGGACGACUGGAGCCCGCUGGAGCACCUGCUGCAGCCCGUCGCCAACGCCAGCCGGCUCGACUUCCACCGGCGCUGCAUGGACCACAACGUCGAGGUGCGUGACCUGAGGAGGGAGGCCGGCGUCCUGUACACGCGACUCGGUCUGAACGGCACCCUGAUUGAUGACGCCAUGUACUCGAAGCUGAACGUGGCUGCACCUGGCAGCGACAGCGUGCUCUUCCUGCCGCGUGUUUUGGAUCGCUGCUACUCGACUUACCGCAAGCAGAUAGCCAUAGCGAUCUACCCCACCAACACCACUCUGUCCGACUACAUCGAGUUGGUGGAGCUGUCUGGCACCGUGCACAAGUUCAACGAGCGCGCCCAGUCAAUGUUCGCCGACAACUUCGGCUUCCCAUACAAGGACAGAGAGGGCUUCCGCGGCUACGGGCUGGACCUGGCCAUCGGCGGCGCUCGUGCGCUGGCCGCCGUAUCGCCGCGGGGUCUCAGCAGUAUGCUCGGCUUCCAGUCACUGAGCGACAACAACGGCACGCAGCUCAACCUCCAGAUGGCCCACAUGCUCAAGCUGCUGCCGCGGAUCGCCGCCUCCAUGGCGGCCCUGCGCUGGCAGGCGGAUGUCAUGACUGGAUCGGUCCCCGAGUCGGAGUACAACAGCAAAUGGUGGGAGUACAAGAAGGUGUACCAGGGCGUCUCGCCGCCCGAGGCCAGGGACGAGACGCACUUUGACGCCUUCGCGGACGGCACCCUGACGCUGCCCAGCUACCACAUCAGGCGGCUGGUCGGCGGUCUGGCCAUGUUCAGCGUGCACAAGUACCACUGCCGAAUGUAUGGUGACGUGAACGAGCCGCUGUCCCAAUGCGCCAUUCUCGAUAACCUGCAGCUGGGGGUCAACAUCAGGAAUGUGCUAGUGAAGGGAAACUCGAAGCCGUUCGGGGACCAGCUGAUGCAGCUGACGGGCCAGGCCCAGCUGUCCGGCCAGGCCAUGGUGGAGCAGCUGCAGCCCGUCACCGAGUGGCUGGUGCAGUUCAACAAUGCUGUGAGUAGCCGCAGCUCGUCAGACGGAGGAGCAUGGCGCCGGCCAAUGCAGCCGUUCAACUAG